AUGACUGGCAAGGAUGGCUUGUCUUCGUCCUUUGUGGAGACCGUAGCAGGAUUCACCGCAGGAAUCGCCUCGACGCUCUGUCUGCAUCCGCUGGAUCUGGUCAAGACUCGACUUCAAGUCGACCGGUCAUCCUCUUCGCGAGUUGGCGGUUCAGUUCCAGUAGUCCGCGAGAUCUUUCAGAAUGAGGGCGGCCUCAAAGCCUUCUACCGAGGUCUGGCGCCCAACAUAGUCGGUAAUUCCACUAGUUGGGCGCUGUACUUCUUGUGCUACAGCCACAUCAAGGGCGCAAUGCGCACCUGGCGCUGUUCUCAAGACCAGGCCCUCACGUCGGCCGACUUUUUCCUAGCCUCAGGAUCUGCAGGUCUGCUGACAUCCAUGCUAACCAACCCGAUCUGGGUCAUCAAGACACGCAUGCUGUCAACCGGAUCGCAGAGCCCGGGAGCAUACGCGUCGUUCACGACGGGGGCUAAGGAGAUAUUCCGCUCGGAGGGUAUUUCGGGUUUCUAUCGGGGGCUGAUUCCCGCACUCUUUGGAGUCAGCCAUGGCGCGCUUCAAUUCAUGGCGUACGAGCAAUUGAAGCUGUACCGCUCCCGGAUGUCUUCGGCUGAGACGACGACUACUACUGGGAUCCGACAUGGCGUGGGUGGGAGUCAUGGGUCGUCGGACUCGGGCCCGUCAGGGAUGCGGCAGCUGGGAAACAUGGACCUAUUCGUGAUCUCGAGCUUGUCCAAGCUAUUUGCGGGAUGUGUUACCUACCCGUAUCAGGUGUUGCGGGCUCGUUUGCAAACCUAUAAUGCCCACCUCGUAUAUUCGGGCGUCCGGGAUGCCGUUGCUCAGAUCUGGGCCAGGGAGGGCGUCACGGGUUUCUACAAAGGCCUAGGCCCCAAUUUGCUGCGAGUAUUACCCAGCACGUGGGUCACCUUCCUGGUCUAUGAGAAUACCAGGGCGUACCUACCAGGGCUGAUCGCCGGCGCUUGA